CCGCGCUGAGGCCAGCCGAGCCACGCUGAGCCGAGCGGAGCCGAGCUGAGCCGAGCCAAGCCGAGCCGCCCGCUCCCUUCGGCACUAGCGGAGCCGCCGGCAGACGACUCGACCGCUCCGCGCACCCUCUCGCCCUACCGCACGCACCGGCCGGCGGGGUAAGACGUCUGCCCCCGCGGCUCGGGGGCGCCCGGGCUUGGCUGCGCUUUUUUCCCCUCUCCCGGGCUGCUCCGGGCGGCAGCAGGGACCGAGGUGGCUGGCAGGAGCUGAAGGCUGAGGCUCUUCUCUCGCCUGGUUUCUGGCAUUUUGAUUGUUUUGUUUCGUUUAUUUAAAAAUACAUGCAAGUGCCGGGGCGGAGGGAAGACGGCGAGGCGCUGCGAGCGGGAGGCAGGAUGCAGCCCGGCUGCAGCGGGUGCUGAGAGCGGCGCCCGCCGGAGGAGGGAGCGGCUCUGUCAGCAGCCUCCUCUUUGCGCGGCGGCGGCUCGGGGCUGUCUCUCGCCGUUUCACCGUGGCCAGCCGCUUCAAACUUUCAGCCUGCUUCUGCCGCCAGGCAAAGCCCAGCUCGACAUAAAUGGUGGAGGCGAUAGUGGAGUUUGACUACAAAGCUCAACAUGACGAUGAGCUGACGAUCACUGUGGGUGACAUCAUCACCAACAUCAAGAAGGAUGAUGGAGGCUGGUGGGAAGGACAGCUCAAAGGCAGAAGAGGUUUGUUCCCUGACAACUUUGUAAGAGAAAUAAAGAAAGACAUGAAGAAAGAAAACACUGCCACCAAACCACCAGAGAAGCCUAUCAAUGAAGUUUCCAAUGGAAGCCCUUUACUGUUGUCUGAGACAAUUAUUAGAACCAACAAAAAAGGAGAGAGAAACAGAAGAAGAAGAUGUCAGGUGGCUUUCAGUUACAUGCCUCAAAACGAAGAUGAGCUGGAAUUAAAAGUUGGUGACAUCAUUGAAGUUGUGGGAGAGGUAGAAGAGGGCUGGUGGGAAGGUAUCCUCAAUGGCAAAACUGGCAUGUUCCCUUCCAACUUCAUCAAGGAACUGUCUGAUUCUGAUGAUGCUGGAAUAGCACAGGAAGAGCAAGUAAAGCCAAGAAAAUCUGCCUUUGAAGGGACAAUUCUGUACAGAGUGGCCCCGGCAAAGAUUGACAGCUACAGACGCUAUAACAGCCUGAAGGACGCUGCAGGCUCUGAGAGCGACGGUGGUGACUCCGGCAGCACGAAGUCGGAAGGGGCCAACGGAGGCACAACAAUCCAGCCCAAAAAGGUCAAGGGGGUUGGCUUUGGAGAUAUCUUCAAAGACAAACCUAUAAAGCUACGACCAAGGUCAAUAGAAGUGGAAAAUGACUUUGUGCCAGUAGAUAAGACUGUUGGGAAGAAAUUACCUCCAGCCACAGCCACUCAGGAGCCAACAAAAGCAGAAGUGGACAGCAGAACCAAAACCAAGGAGUACUGCAAGGUGAUAUUCCCCUACGAGGCGCAGAACGACGAUGAGCUCACCAUCCGAGAGGGCGACGUCGUCAUGCUGAUCAGUAAGGACUGCAUCGACGUGGGCUGGUGGGAAGGAGAGCUGAACGGCAGGCGAGGAGUCUUCCCAGACAACUUUGUCAAGCUUCUCCCUUCUGACUUUGAGAAAGAGAGACCCAAGAAACCACCACCUCCAUCAGCUCCUGUCAUCAAACAAGGAUCAGCCACCACGGAUCGAAAGCUCGAGAUGAAAAAGGUCCCUCCUGAGCGGCCUGAGUGCCUGCCCACCCGGACAGAGGAGAGAGAAAGAUCAGAGAGAGAGCAAAAGCAGUCAGACCUGCAGAAGCCUUCAGUUCCUGCUAUACCUCCGAAGAAGCCUCGGCCACCCAAAGCCAGCUCUGUGAAUAGACCUGGGACCCUGCCCCCACGGCGACCAGAAAGACCAGUUGUGCCUGUGACUCACACAAGGAGUGAUAGCCCAAAAGUGGAGUUAGUGAGCAGCACAGCGCCCGGAGCUCUGGAGAAGGACUCCUCGGAAAGAAGCAAUGACAUCGACUUGGAAGGUUUUGACUCUGUAAUCCCAAUUGCUGAGAAGCUUAAUCAUCCAACCACGACCAGACCAAAAGCCACUGGCAGGAGACCUCCCUCCCAGUCUCUCACAUCUUCAUCCCUUUCUAGCCCUGACUUCUUUGACUCACCAAGUCCUGAAGAUGAGAAGGAGGAGCACCUUUCCAUUACUCACAAAGCUAUUGAGGUGUCCAGGAAACCAAGAACUGUUACAAUAUCACAAGUGUCUGAUAACAAAACCUCCUUGCCUGCAAAACCAGGAGGUUUGGCCAGUGGCAGCACUGUGCAGCCAUCACUGUCCCCUUCACCGUCCCCUGGAUUUCACUCACUUGCUAUGGGAACAACAGGCCACAGGGCAAAUUCCCCAUCCCUGUUUGGUUCUGAAGGAAAGCCAAAGACUGAGCAUUUGAUCCAAGGUCAGACUGCCUUGGAGGAGCUGAGAACACAAAUUAAGGAGCUAAGAACCAUCAUUGAAACCAUGAAAGACCAGCAAAAAAAAGAGAUCAAGCAGCUGCUGUCUGAGCUGGAUGAAGAGAAGAAGAUCCGUCUGCGGUUGCAGAUGGAAGUGAAUGACAUCAAGAAAGCUCUUCAAUCCAAGUGAACACUUUGAGCGGUGGAAUUGUUGCAUCACUCUUCCCGACCCGGACUCGGAAUUUACACCCCAGCCAAAACAACUCCGUGCCAAAUGAUUUAAGAAUUGCCUCAAGCUUCCCUUUCUCUGAAGGAUCAGCACAACAGCUUUUUUGGUUUGGUUUUUUUUUUCCUGGAUAGCACAACAAAACUACCACCAAGCAGAAGGACAAAAGUUCCACCUGAAGCAGUGCUUGUGCAGCACUUAGGUUGUGACUGAAACAGACCUUCUUUUGUGCUAAAGGCUUCUCGACUUCAAGCUCCUAGGUGAAAUGAAAUGAAAAACUCAGGCAGUUUAGUCCAUAGUGGUACUAUUUUGAGGAUAUUUUUCCAUAAAUAAAGACAAAAAAAAAAGGUGUAUUUCAGAUGAUCUGUUUACAAGCUUUUAUGAUUUUAGGGGGUUUGGGGUUUGGUGGUUUUAUUUUGACUUUUGGUUUUUUUAAUUGUCCCUUUUUGGUCACUAAGAUUUUCAACUCUUUCUACUGCAUUAUAUAGCCAGGAAUGAAUGUUAUAUGCUGGGGGUGGGGUUGGGGCUGGAGGGAGUUUUUUUUGCUUUCAGAUACAACAGCCUACUUCUUUUUUUUUUUUUUGGUGGUGGUUUUAAAGGUUUUAAGUUCUGUUAAAUAUGCAAUUUUAUGUCUUCACCUCCCCCCCUCUAAACCUUCCCCUCCCUCCCCUCCACAACUUGGGAUUUUACCUUGUGUACAGUCAUGUAUUGACAAGAAGGAAACAAACCAACAGAACCCUGCUCUUUGCAAAUGAUUUGUGCCUUCCUUUUGCCACAAGCUGACUGGAGCCAGUUGCAAGCCAGGUCCUCCCCUCAUGUAGCCACCACCACCACGAGUCCCAGCUCCCGGCAGAGGUCACCUUCUGGGUGGAGAGCUGCUCAAGUCAGUGGAGCCAGGUUUGUGGGAGGUGGCAGGACAAAAGGGCACAGCUGAGAGUGGCUCUGUCUUGAGGAGCAGCUGUGGCUUUGAUUUUAGCUUUCCUGGUUGUGAGAGCCCUCUCCCUCCACUUGAAUGUUCAUCUCGGCUCGGUUUCCGUUGGCUGGUGUUGAGGCCUGCCUGUCCCCAGUUUUGCACAGUGUGAACAGAAUAUGCAUUAUGAAAGCAAAAACAAAUAAAAGGAGAUCUAUCAAA